AUGGCCACCUCCCGAGGCGGAGAUGGCGUUGGUGCCCACGAUCCCACUCCUUCAACAUCCUACGAUACUUACUAUAACAAUGCCGCUCACCCGAACACCUUGCCCCCCAAUGUGAUCAACGCGUACAGCGGCAACUUUGAAUACACUAGUCAGCCACAGCAACAACAUCACCACCACCAAUCGCAACAGCAUCAGCAGCAAUCGCACCUCCCUCCUCCACUCCCACCUGCGAAUGAAUACGAUCAAUCACACGAAGCUGCAAUCUAUGGCAGCACUGGGGUGGACGAUGGGCCCGAUGCAGACGCGACGGCAGAAUACUCUCUCAACGGUCUCGUCGGAGAUGGCCAACAGACCGAUGCAAUGUCUGCAGCAGAAGACGACGACGAUGUCAAUUCCACAAGAAAGAGGAACAAGGCCGGCAAUGGUAGAGUGGCGAAGGCAUGCCAACCUUGCAGCAGCAAGAAGAGGCGCUGCGAUGGAGCCCAACCAGAGUGCUCAGUCUGCAAGGUCCUGGGUACGCCCUGCUCCUACAAUAAUACUGGUCUCAAACGAGGUCCCCCCAAAGGAUUUCGAUCUGGGCCCAAGGAAUCGGCCAAGGCCAAGCUAUCUCGGGUUCUCGAGACAACCAUCCGCGAUCUCACCACUCAACUGGGAGUAGAGGAGGCAAAGCAAGAGAUCAUCCGCGUUAGUCGAGAACGCGGACUGGCUGAUGUUGCGAAUCUCCUGCCACCCACACUGGUGCAGCACCAACCCACCCCUUCGACCUCGGCAGAAGCAGGCCCAUCUUCAACAAACGCCAACCAGCUCGGCGUUACAGAAAAGGCUAUUGAAACUUCGAUAGCUGCCGACCCAGAUGCCUUCUUGAGCGUAAAUGAAAGAGGCGAUUUACUGCAUCGUGGCUCAAGCAGCGGAAUCCAGCUGCUGCGACGUAGCACAGCCGCUGGUUCGGGAGGCUCGCCCUCUUCACCUUCGACCAAUUCUCCUACUACUCCGGGAGCACCGCUCGAGAGCAACCGUGGGGGUAGUUCCAUCAACGACACCAUCGUUGUUCCCAUCUCUUCCCCGGUCACUACGCGUCUCCAUGGUCCCUCCAGUCCACCAAAUCAAUUCGAUCAUCGACAAAGCGGGCCAUCUGGCAGUUCCAAUGAUCUCGCUGCUACGGCAGCUGCCAUCAUCGAUCCGUCUCUGAACGGAGGAUCCAGCUACUUUGAGUCGCUGCAAGAUCCUGUAGUCUCCCCCGAAGAAUCUCACAAGCUGUUAGAGAAUUACUGGCGUAGCUUCCAUCCUUACUGGCCAAUACUGUACAAGGCCGUCUUGGACGACAUUCCUCAUGACCAAGUCACUUCCCGCCUCGAUGCUCUCCUUCUGAACGCUAUCUAUGCCAUUGGCUCCUCUGGCAGGAGCUUCGGUGAAUCAAAAGGCAACAACCCCCAAUACGAUGCCGCUCGGUACUCUGGGGAGAUCUUCGCACAAGCAGCGGAGCGUCGUCUGUACGCAUCCGGGCUCCGACCCACGGUCUCGGCUGUCCAGGCAUGCGCCCUGCUUGCUAUCUACGCUCACGGCAACGGUGACCUCAGCCGGAGCUGGGUCUUCUCUGGCAUUGCCAUUACAAUGGCCACUGACCUGGGUCUCCAUCGUUGGCCCUUCAGGAUGGAGCUGUUGAACAACUCUGCUGAGCGUGAGACUCGAACACGCCUCAUCUGGUCACUCUAUAUCCUAGACAAGAUCCUCUGCUGCGAGAUGGGAAGGAGUCCGCUUCUUCGGGUGGCCGAGAUGGACCCUCCGUUGCUGUCCGAAGACGUGCCCGAUGAGCAUGAACAUAUGGAUGGCUAUCCCAUGCGGAUCGCCUCCUGCUUCAACGCAGCCAGCGGGCUCUUCGCCGUGAUAGAGCACAUACUGUCGCGUGUCCACAGCCUACGCCGUAAGGCUGUUCUCCGACGAGACGGCAGCUCGGACGAAACGCUCACUGAGCUUGACGGAGAAUUGCAGAAGUGGAAGCAAUCUCUUCCGCCUCAUCUGCGCACUCCAGCAGAUGGUUCACGGCCGAAGGUAGGUUUCCCGGGAGUGGUCUGGGCUCUGGGUGUAUGGGAGGCUACGGCCACUAUGCUUCUUCAGCGUCCCUUCAUUCCUCAAGGUGUCGAAGGGGAGCCUCCAAGUCUCCACGAGGUCAUGAACAAUGCCAGCCAUCGCAAGGCGAUCGCUGCAGCGGAUGAAUUAUGCCGCCUACUCAAAUUUGAUGUGGAAGAAAAGAAGAACGAGUACCCCACAAACUUGUAUCCCUCAGACUAUGCCUACUGUCUCUUCACAACGGCAGUGAUGUACCUCUUCGAUGCACGCAUCAACGUAUCUGGGGCAAGACGUAAGUUUGCCAUUUGCCGCAACCAGAUCAAGAAGCUAUCCAGUCGCUGGCCGGCUGCGUCCGCUCACAGACAGCUGCUGGACGGCUUCACAGCGGUAGCGGAUGACGCUCUCGGUCGACCUGGUCCCUUCUCGAGUCCAGUAGGCUCUCAUCCACAGCCAGAGUACAAUGCCGCCAACAUCGAGUCUUGGGCCAUCCAGACGGCGCAGACUGCUCAGGCCAGUCCUGUACAACAUUCCGCCAACGGUCUUCAGCAACAGCAGGCACAGCAGGGAAUCAAGCCCGAACAGGGAUCGAAUACAGGAGGACUCACGGAGGAACAACGUCAACAGCUGCUAGAGUUCUACAUGGAGUCGUCUCACCGCUUCGGCUCGGGAGACCAUUCGCCCUCGCGUCGACAGCUCGAUCACUUCGCACCUGGCCUCUUCGAUGUCGAGACGGCAUUCUGGAAUGAGUCUGCCGGGUCUUCAAGCUCGUUAACCAAUGCUUUCCAGACGCCGCAAGUCAUGGGUCCCCCGAGUGGACCGCAUGGUGUAGGGUCCGGGCAGCACAAUGUUCAGCAGCAUGGCGGCCGACAGCAGCAAGGCUCUCUGCUGGCCGGGCAGCGACGCAGUGGUAAGAGCAGACGUGGACAGCAGCAGCAUGGUGGACUAGCUAUGCUAGCCGCUCUGGCUCCCGCUGUAGGCCAUCAAUCGCAGCAACAGCAGCAACACCCUCAGCAGCAGCAGCAACAACAACAACAGCAGCAGCAGCAGCAGCAGCAGCAGAUGGGCAACGAAGGACUCGAAGGCGUACCUCUGCAAGGGCUUGCCCAUUUGGCCGCUUUCCAACCCGUGCAACAACAGCUUCACGCAGCUCAACACCAGAGCUCGCCCUUUGCCUUCCCUCUUGACCCUGGGCAGCCGGCAUGGACCGAUCCGAUCAUGAGCGCCCUCGAUCUUGGGCCCGCCUUUGCACACCACCAGCACCAACACUCCGGCGGAUCCGGGGGAACAGGUGGCGGUCGUGGUGGGCAGUAA